AUGGUGGUAGCGGUGUGCGAGGACGAGGCCGGCGCGCUCGUCGUGACCAACGCACGGGACGCGUCGGCGGUGGUGGUGUGCACGGGAGUCACCCACACCAGCAGCCCCCACGCCAGGCGCAGCCCGCGCCAUCCUGGUGGCAUUGCCCCCGCCACCACCGGCCCCGCCCCCAAGGACCCGCCGCCCGACAUGGUGUCCCCGCGCGCCGCGUGGGCGCUGUUCGUGGAGGAGUCACGGCGGCUGUGGGCGAUCGACGCGCCCAUCGCCUUCAACAUCAUCUGCGUGUACGGCACCAACUCGACGACGCAGAUCUUAGCGGGCCACAUCGGCAACCGCGAGCUGUCCGCGGUGGCCAUCGGCCUCUCCGUCAUCUCCAACUUCUCCUUCGGCUUCCUCCUCGGGAUGGGCAGCGCGCUGGAGACGCUGUGCGGGCAGGCGUUCGGCGCGGGCCAGGUGGCCAUGCUGGGCGUCUACAUGCAGCGGUUGUGGAUCGUGCUCGCCGCCUCCGCCGCGCUGCUCACGCCGCUGUACGUGUACGCGGCGCCCGUGCUGCGGCUGCUGGGGCAGGACGAAGGCAUCGCCGCCGCCGCGGGGACCUUCACGCGCGGCAUCAUCCCGCAGAUGUUCGCGCUCGCCGUCAACUUCCCCGCGCAGAAGUUCCUGCAGGCGCAGAGCAAGGUGGGCGUGCUGGCGUGGAUCGGGCUCGCCGCGCUGCUCGCGCACGUCGCGCUCCUCGCGCUGUUCGUGUCCGUGCUCGGAUGGGGCGUCGCCGGGGCCGCGCUCGCCUACGACGUGUCGUCGUGGCUCACCUCGCUCGCGCAGGUGGCCUACGUCCUGGGAUGGUGCCGGGACGGCUGGACGGGGCUGUCCAGGGCCGCGUUCACCGACCUCUGGGCCUUCGUCAAGCUCUCGCUCACAUCCGCCGUCAUGCUCUGCCUCGAGCCCUCGAGAUGUGGUACAUGA